GUUCGUUCCAUUCCACUCACCUCUUUCGUCUCCUGCUCCUUAUGUGCCUGCCCUUUUCACGCGUGUCAAGUAGUUACCACAUGGAGACUAGAAAGGACCGUUCUGGGAUACUCUUUAUUGUUGAGUGAUAGAGCCCGUCUUGUUUCCUGGUGGAAAUCCAGCUUCUUUAAGGCAUUAUUUUGGAUGGACGGUGGACGCAAUUCGAUUGGCUCAGCCAUUCCCUCUUUCUCCAUAAAAGUAUGCUCCCUGGGUAUUUCCAUUGUACAUCCUGAUUAUACUUUUCUGCUCUCGCUCUGCUUGCCCUCGACCACCCUUGACCCCAAGUAGCAAAAGCAGCUAGCGACUUCACACUUCACUCUUUUCUCUUUUCUCUUCACUCUUCACUCGCACCGCAAGCACAACCACGAGCACAAUAAUUGAUCCCAACGCUACUGUACGCACCGACGCACCUGCCUUCACCUCGCCCAUUCACUUAAACCCACCCACCUUCUCUCUUUCCACUCAUCAUCAUCCACCCAGACCUUAGACCUUUUCUUUCUCCACACUCGAACUCUUAUUCACUCACGCACACGCACAAACACGCAUCAAUUUCAUUUUCAUUUUUUAUUCUUCCUCUUUUCUUUCGUUUACCCCCCCCAAAAAGAAUUUAAAGUCCGUCGACAAUCCUUCCAAGUUGAAAAAAAAAAAACCUUACUUGCUUUUUAUUUCUUCUCAUUCGAGACUUCCUUCUGUAUCACAUCUUUUUGUUGUCGUCGUUGUCUUCGUCGUCGUCGUCCGCGUCGUCUUUUGACUUUACUUUGAGAUAUCGCUUCCUUCUCCACAUCUUCUUCCCACCAAAUAGAGAUACCACACACAACACCACAUCCAAUCCCCAAACGCUGUAAUAUUCCCAUCAAAAGCGACCUCAACUCGUCAUCGUCAUCGUCACCGUCACCGAAAUCAGAAGAAAGAGAAUUCAAAACUCCAGUGUGAGAAGGCCACGCCAUUUUUAUCAGUCCGCGACCGAGAAAAUACAAACUUAUUUACAUCCAUUGUUCGGACUUUUCGGGUUUCUGUUGUUUAUAUUGAAGAACCAUCAACUCUUUUCUUGCAUUCACCCAUCAAAAAGUUAUCUCUUCAAUCAUCCCAAUCCCUUUACAUCUUGGAGAAGAAUCGUUUCGAUCAACCUUCGUUCUCAUUCUCUCGCACACAUUUCAUCACUCAUUACGACGAUUUGUUUGUUGCCCGUGUUAAAAGAAAAGGCUUGCCUCUUUUUUUCCAUCACCACCUCAUCUCACCACACCACAUUCGAGCUUCUUUUUACAGAAUUACAUUUUACAAAGCAGAACAAUUAAUUACAUCGAAACUCCUUCGACUUUGCGUACAGCACGCAUUCGAUAAUAUCCCUUUUCGAAUCAUCUUAAUUUAUCUAAUACAAUUCUCGUCCCCUCCUCAGGUCGACCUGACAAUCAUUGCACCACCACAUCAUCGACACGAAUACAUUCUCUUCGAUAAUCGAUCCUUCACGAAUCUACGAAUCGAACGAUUCCUACCUUGAGACCCCAACCCACAAUACCACCUACAAUUGUAUAAAAAAACAUCAAAAUGGACGCAGGCGGUCUUGCUCAGAUGUCUUACAACAACUUCCCUUCCGGCAAUGGUUUGGGUAUGCCAGUUACUGGUUUCGCUGCCAGAAGAGCUGCUAAUGGUUCCAACAUCAAACGUCUUUCAUUUGAACCCACUGCCAAGACUCUCGACUCUCAGGACAACGGGGCACCAACUCCAAGAACAUCUCGCUCUCACUUACUUGCAGGUUUGAGAACUGCACCAAAGUCUGCUACUUCUGCAAACUUUCCAUCAACUGCUCCACCAACCCAAGUUCAACACAACACCGGUAACAACGGAAUGAACUCGAGCAGAUAUGCCGAUAAUGGACCAAAGACUUCAGGAUAUGCUUCAUUCAAUCAACAAAACCAUCAAAUGAAUCAACAACAGAUGUACUCUGUCCCCGAACAAGUUCUUUCAACUCCCGAGAUUCGACUCGAUGAUGGACAUGAUGGAAUGGAUCCAAAUUUGUAUGCUCAGCUUGUUGCUACCAACCUGUACCUCGCAGAACAACAACAACGUCUUCAACAACAAUUGAUGAAUGUUCAAGCUGCCGCUCAACAGAUGAGUUUGAAUGGACAGUACGCAACUCCACCAAUCACCCCACAAAACAUGGGAAUGUAUCAACAACAGCAAAUGAAGCAGAACAUGCAACCAAUCAUUACACCUGUUCCCGGAGCUCAACCUGGUGUUUACUCUUACUACAACCCCAUGACUGGACAACAAUCCUAUUUCAUGGAUAACAGUCAACAGUAUGCCGAGUCACCAAUUGAUCAAAGAGUCAGCUAUUCUCCACCACAACAACCUGGUACACCGAGGUUCCAGGUUUCUCCACCACCACAAUCGGAUGCACCAUCUUUCACCAGAUCCAUCAGUCCACCAAAAAAAUCUGCAUCCCCACCACAGGAUCAUGCUCCUUUACCUCCACCAUCUGCUGGUGCUUUCCGUAGAGGACAUCGUAGCUCAAAGUCUAUGGCUAUGUCUAUGUCUGGCGAGCUUCCUUUGGAUGGUCCAAAAACGGCUGGAUUGCCAAAAUCUACUUUCCCAGGUACUCCAACCCAAACAGGAUUUGGUCCCGGGGCAGGACGUGCUGGUGAACAUCCAGUAAGACAACCACGGGGUCCACCUCCCAUUGAAGAAUUGAAAUCCAAACCAACUGCCAAGUUUGAGGGUUCCAAGAACUUUGCUACUCGUACUCGUCGAAGUGCUGUUCACAAUCUCGUUCGUGCUGGAAUGGAACGCCGAAGAGCACCAGGUAGUGCAUCAGGUAGCAUGUCACCUGUAUCUGAAGAUGGUGAGAUGUCAUUUUCAGCUGAUGAUAAUGAUUCGGAUUCUGGCCGUAGUGGAAGUGGAAGUCUUUCAGGUCGUCCAAGUCCACCAAGCUCUCGUACAUCUCAACAUGGUGCCAUUGGUUCUAACCGCCCCACUUCAAGACAAAACUCUUUUGAGAUCAAGUCAGUCGUGUCAGUUGAUUCAUUCACUGCUGAGAGUGUUUCUGGCGAUGAACAAAUUGGUGGUAGCUUUGCUGCUGUCUUUAAGAAUGCUGGAAAGAAGCCUGAAGUAGCUGCUAUUCAAAAGAAAGCACCAAUGCUUGUUCUUACUAGCGCCGAGAAACGCAAGAGCUCCAUCGUUUAAGAUGUUUGAGCAAAUCAUUCAAUGGGUAGAUCCUAUUUUUUUGAUUAUCCGAUCUCUACUUUAACUUGUCGAACAAAAAGAACAAUUUGAUAUUGCAUUCGACAUUGUGCAUAUUUCGACGCAGGAAUCGGUUUCUUGCAAUUGCUAGUUUUAUUGACGAAGAUGAUGAAUACUUUUCGAGAAACAAACUUCUUAAUUAAUUUUGGAGGAACUUUUUGAGCUUUCAGUCUCAAUGUUGACCUUCAUUCGCUAUAACAAUUUCCUUUAUUUUUCUUUCGUUUUGGGGGUUUCUGACUUCUUUCGUGAAUGGCAUCCGGGGAUAUUUCCUACAUUCAAAGCUCUGGAAUUGUUUUGACUUUGAUGAUGCUUAUCAGUUUUUGUCACAAUUCCAAAGUUGUCGAGUGAGAUUGAAAACUGGAUGCUCGCACGAAUGAAAGGGAGGGAUUUUCGAUGGAUCAGGGGGAAUGCAAUGGAUUGGGGAUAUAUGUUUGGACUUCUUUGCUGUUUGUUCUGAUACUGGGGAUGGAAUGGUUAAAUGGAAAUUGUGAUAUGAUUAUAUGCCUGGGUUUACUUUUCUUUUUUUCUCUUUCUAGUUUGGGGGAUAUAAGAAUAUGAACCUGUUGAUCAGAUUUGGAGGAAAUACCAGGCUGGAAUAUGGGGGAUACGGAUUGUGGGUAGUGAGGGAAAGAAUAAGGAAAUUCUUGAAAUGUGCGAAUAGGUGAGGUGGAUGAGAUAGGAUAGGGGAGAUGGGAUUAAGUGAGGAUAUAUUUGUAGCAAUAUGAAAUACCAUUC